AUGUUGACAGGGAUUUUGGAAGUCGCGUGGACUUCGCGUCGACACCACGUCAACUUUCGCAGCACUCACACCGACGACAAUACAACACUUUUGCUGUGCGGAAAGACAGACGACUUGAUCUUGUUCGUGUCUGUCCGCCAUGCAUGGACUAUGGCUCCCGUCYAAGUGAUCGAUCUCACCUCGUCUCCCGAACCUGACGACUCGCCUGCGAGAGUGGCAGCUCUGUCCCGCUUUCAACCGCUACGAGAAAAGUCGCAAGUCGUAAAUCGUGGCAUUCCAACAAUCCCAGUCAACGGUCUCCCUCUGUUCUACGAUAACUCUGCUCAAUGGGAAAAUGACGACAAUGUCCGUCACGUUCAGCAAGAGUUGGAAGAUGUCCUACCUGGAGCAGCGGCUGGUGCCAACAACGGCACAACGGGAAGCAUCGCGCCCGGAGCUUUAGAAGAGAGCGUCGCGACGGAGCAACGAGCAUACGGAUCGAGCAGUCAUGUGUCUAGCCGCCAAGUGAACAAUGGCACAAUCCUCGAACCGCCGGCUUAUAGUCACAUCGCCGACUUGAGACCCACGAAUCUUGCAGGCAUUGCACAUGAGGGCACUCGUGUAUUGCCGAAUGGACACGGUCUAGCACAAGAGGCUCCAGUUUCAGGAGAUGGACAGCAUCAGUGGUCUCUGCCGCGUCACAGACAGCUUUCCUCAAACGAAUCAUGCCAAGACCCUCAUAGCAAUGGUUUCUCACAGACUGCGGCGCCGCAGGUCCCGCCAGCUUAUCAUGCUCUGAUUGACUAUGUUCGACCACUGAAUGGCAUUUCUUCAGAAUGUCGAGCACGGCUGUACGGACAACGGCAUGCCCUGGCAGGCACGCCGCUUGGUUAUGCGAUUGAACAAGACAUCUUGAAGACGCACAAGGAUUCCGCCGAGGCAAAGAAGAAAGAAAUCUGUCCAAAUUGCAGCAGAGCCUUCUUCCGUAGUGAGAAGAUGCAACGCCAUCGCCGACGGUGUGAAGCUCGGGAUGCUGCAAGAUCUUCCCAUCAAAGUCCCGAUGCUGCGCUACAAGCACCGCCACUUCUUGUCAGCCAACAACAAGACUUGACGGUUCCUCAAGCGAUGUCCUAUUUCAACCCAUUAAAGCGCGCCCUGCAACCUUCGGAUUCCAAUGGCUCUAAGAGGCCGAGUGGCAAAAAAGCAAGAGCCGAUCCAAUAUCCCCCGAGCCGCAACGGCGGCCUCCCUCAAGACUCCGGCUUGUCAACAUGACUGAUGAUGGGAUGGAGGGCAUUGCUUUCAGUGAUGAGUCUAACAGCCAGGCGCCGGGAGCAAGUCUUCCAGACGACAAUCGAAACAGUACGGCAAUCGCUUAUGUCUCGUCUCAGCCUGUAGAUGAUCYAUCCUCUGGUCCCAGUCGAAAUGGUCUACCGUACUCGGCAGAGGAGGAUGCCCUCCUCUUAAAGCUCCGGGAGAUUGAUAAGCUCCCGUUCUCCUCGAUCGCUGGGAGAUUYGCGGGCAGAACGCAGGAUGCCCUCAAGUUCCGGGAUCACACCUUGCGCACGAGAAAACUGGGGCCAACGAGACAAGUUCCUGGUCGCUCGGCUCAUCUGGAAAUUAAAUCAAGUCUGCCAACGAAGCGGAUCAGGAAACCCAAUAUACCUAGCGGAUUGGUGCCAUGGGCGUCGGUGAACAAAGCCCGAGCGGAAGAAAAUCAGAUCGCGGAGGCUCAGCGAGAGAGCAAACGAAGGAAGCAGCUCAGAGAGCAAAGCGUGAGAGACAUCAAGGUUGCUGAAACAGAAGUAGAGAUAGGCGCUGCUGAAGGAAUCCCAUCAAAUGCCGGGAAGAGCGGCUCCGGUUUAUCUUCCAAGGACGCUGUAUAUCCCAGUUCAAUGUCUCGAAUACUUCGACUUCGAGAGCUGGGUGUUCGUGGACGACGAGCGUGGACGAAAUCGUCACACCCAGUCCCUGAUGAGUUGAAAGACCACAUUUUCAGCGACUAUGGACUUCAGCAGGAAUAUCAGGGCACCUCUGGAGAUGUGAUAUCGCUUGCGUGGAACGAGUCUAAUCGGUUUGCGGCGAGCUCAAUUGCGAUAGCCGACCAACAGAGCAUGCAAUACAACAUGCAUCGCAAUCUUCUCGUCGGCGACACAGAGCGUGUAGAGGUCAGGGAGCUCCUCGAGCAUCAUAUUCCACGGCCAGAGGUGAGGAGCACAACUAACAUCAACUCAAACCACGCUAUGCGACAAUCGCAAGACCCCAGACUAUUCCUCAGUGUGGUGGCGGCCAAAUUCUGUCCGCAAGACAGCACUCGGCUCUUUACCGCCGGGAUGGACAAGGCGUUGCGGCAUUACAAUGUUGAACGGGAUCAGGUUACAUGUCGCUAUGCUGUCAAACACACAUCUCCCGUUGCCUUGCUAUCUAUUGGAGCUGGACAUGGUCUUGUCGCGACUGGGUGUCACCAGUCAUCCAGAAGCAUAAACGUCUUUAGCUGCGGGACGCAGAGUUACGACGUCAAACUGGAGCUGUCCCCGCGACAAAGCAAUGUCGCGGUCUAUCCCUCCGCACUCAAAUGGGGCGUAGCGCAUCACCACCAAAACUUCCUGUUGGCAGGUUUUAGUGGAGAGGAAGAUGUAGUGUCGUGCGCCACAGGCGAGACCUGCCUGUGGGAUGUUUCAAGUGGUCAGCGAAUACAACUGGGAGGUGCCACUCGGAAUGUAUUCGACGUAACCUGGAACCCUAUACCGAGUUCCUCGUCCAUUGCGUUCGCCGUUGCGGGUAAUGCUAAUGGACACGUCGUGGACAAGGGCAUGCGAACGGUUGUACAGUGCUUUGCAGCUGGACAAAAAGGGGGUCGUGGCGUGCUUGAUUGGCAGUCUCCAUGUUUGGACGUUAACGACCUGGUGUUCUGUCCUUACGACGAUAAUCUGAUAGCUGCCGGAGCCACUAACGGCUGCGUGUACAUUUGGGACAAGCGCUCUGCGGAUCGAUCUCAGCRGCCGCUGCAUACCCUUCGACAUGGCGAGUCGCUCAACGUGUUAGACCACGACCGGAACGCGGAGGUGGCAGACACUGGUGUUCAGUUCCUCGCUUGGGGGCCUACAAAGAAUCGCCUGUACUCUGGAUCGUCWGAUGGCAUCGUCAAAGUAUGGAAUCCAUACAGAUCGCCAGAUAAUGCCCAUGUCAGCGACAUCUCCGGCCCAUCCCGCGAUAGAUCGGCGGUCAUGUCUGGCGCUUUCAGCCCGGACUUCCAAGAGCUGCUUAUAGGCACAGAGAAUGGCCGAAUCAAUCUUUUCAAGUCCGGCUCAGAUGCAGUCAGUCAUAGACGCCAGCAAUUCAAAGUCAUCCCUGGUCCGGAGCCUGAGAGAGAGCCCGAGAARGAGCAGCAGGAGCCCUUCGCCGCGGCACGGUCCCUGCUUCAAAAUUGCGAGAUCGAAUUGAGACCUUGUGGCGCCAUGCCAUUUCGCCAAGCUGUUCAGGGGCCCAACUACCAAGGUCCCUYCCUGAAUCCUAGCAAGGCAUUGAGGCGUGAGGCCGAUGAACGCUUAGAUCGGGCUAGAGACACGCAACUGCGUCUAGGCGAUGAAAAUGGUGAAGGCGACUUCACUAAGGCGGCCAAAGAAGUCGACAUUGCAGAAGAAGAGGUUACAGAUCUUCGGCGUCGAAAAGACCUUGCUCGAACGUUAUUACCAAAGGCUGAAGCUUUUCAGCGGAAGCUAGCGGAGUUUGAGGGUGCUAAAAGGGAACUAGAGGCGUUGGUUGGCAGCGUCGAACGUUGUAAGCUUGACUGUGCUGUCCUGCCCCAGCACGAUGAUGACGACGACGACGAUGUAGAGGACUCUGGACGAUCAGAGCUGAGGAUUCCGGGCUUCAUGCAGUUCAUUGCAAAUGCUUCUCCAAGCGACGAGGUGUCUUCCACCUGUACCGGGUGCACUUCUGGCAGACCCAAUAUCAACAGCAAAGCUCAAAGGUUCUGCACCGCAUGCGUGCUGAAACGAGCACGGUUGACUUCCGCCUGCACAAAGUGUGGCAAGGCUGCUCGCCCAACGACCGAGGAGGGCAAGCCGACUGUGUGCGAGCAAUGCGCCUUUGGAUGCAUUCGAUGCGGGAUGUCUGUGGUGAUCGCGCAAAACUCUGGAUCGGUACAAUGCGGCCCAUGCGGUCUUGAGUGGGAGAUGGGAGUCUUGGGAUAUGAUCUGAUGCAAACGUUUACGUUGGCUCCGAAGCAUGCGAUGGAGAUCUUGAGGGUUGAGGACGAUGAGGACGAUCUGAUGCAAAUUGGCGAUGAAGAYAGAGACUUCUACUCCAGGAAAUGGGGCGCAACGGAAACGUGCUAG